AUGCACACUGUCAACAACGCUGCGCUCAACCUGGCCAAUGCCGUCAUGGACUGCAAAUGGGAACUUGCAAUAUUGGUACUGUACUUCAUCUUCCUCCAGUUCGCAAUCCGUGACCGCGAUUUGGUACGACCGGCAUCUAUCGCUCUGUACAUUUGGGGCUAUGUCAUGUCCUUGACAGUAUCCAGAGGCAUCACGGAAGCCUUGGCCGUACCCCGAACAAAGCCUGCGCUUCAUGGCAUCGUGGCGAGUGUCCUGUAUGUCUCGUGGCUUUCACAGCAACAGGGGAUGGGUGUCUAUCGGUUGGGUUACAGAGGCAUGGCCCUGGGCGUCACCGUGGCUUUCUAG